AUGCACCCACCCGGCACCCGGAGCAUCGCAGAGGGCCCGGCCGCCUCGUUGGGAGCGGUUCCCCAGGGAACCACGCCCCUCCACCCCCGCCCGCAGGAAGGGCCACCGCCCAGCCCGAGCCCCCGGGCAGCGCCUCCGCCGGCUCCCGAGCUGGCACCCGCCGCCCUUGGAUCAGCCUGGGCGCGCCUGGGCCCAGACAAGCACGAAGUCUCCUCCCGCAGCCCCGGCCCUGAAGGAGGAAACGCCGAGCGCUGGGCCCAACGCGCCCCCGCUUUGGGGAAGCCCGGGCCCGGCCGGCGGCAGGGCGGCGCCCUUGGGGGCCCUCCCGAGGGUCAGCUGCGGGCGGCGGCCGGGGCGCGGCGGGCGCGGGAAACCAGAGGACGGCUGACUCAUCUUCCUUCCCGCCGCCGCAACCCAUGUGACUCACGGUCGAACUCAGCCCACAUCCAGAUUCCAGCACCGGUGAUCCCCUCUGCUAUAGUCUGGGAAACUCUGCCAGGUUCUGAGCCAGAAAAGGAAGAGGACCCCACCCUCCAGGAAUGGAUUUAUGCUUCAUUGUUCGUGGCAACUAUAGAAACCACAAAAAACACCUAUUCGUCCUUUAGAUCUCAGGCCUCUGAAAUCUCGGGACCUUCCCUGACCCCUGGAAGUGUCAGAAACCCCAUGAAAAGUGGAAUCUUAUUUCUCACAUCAGUAAAAUCAGGGCGCUCUCCAUGGAGUCCUCCAGAGCCCAGGCUCCUUCCCCCUCUGCCAGCCUGAGGGCAAGUCCCUCUGCCUCGGCCCAAGGAGUACUCAACACACCAUUGGAAGAGAAUCGAUUGCCACCAACUCAAAUUCUCUAUCACCUUCUUCCUGCCUGCGCUCAAGGUAUCCGCUGGUUCUCUGUCCCACCUGCCUGUUGACUGUUCUGCCACCUUAUAAAGGAAAGGUGGGCCUCUUAUCAACCGUGUGCAAGAGGAGGGUAGUGGGACUCCCCCCGACCCUGCAACCACCACCGUGGGCAGGCAAUAGGCUGCAUCGUCCAUAGAGAAUUUUAAAACAUUAACCGCCCCCAAAUGGGCUGCUCUAUAUUAUCACCUCGGGGCGAUUCUAAACAACCUCAGUAGGGACUUCCCUGGUGCCGCAGUGGUUAAGGCUCCGUGCUCUCCGUGCAGGGGG